UACAUUUAUUUCCCGCAGAGGAACCGAUGAGCUGCUGGGAGUGAUGGACAGGGUGCACAUUGUGAAUUCCACUCUGGGAAAAGCACUGGGAGGAGCUGCUGGUGGUUACACCGUCGGACCCAAGGCUUUGAUUGAGCUUCUGAGACAGCGGUCUCGUCCGUACCUCUUUUCAAACUCCCUCCCUCCUCCUGUGGUGGGCUGUGCCACCCGUGCUGUGGAACUGCUGCUGGCAUCCAAUGAAAUCGCUCAGUCCAUGGCAGCUAAAACCAUGAGGUUCAGAAACAACAUGACACAGGCAGGGUUCACCAUUUCUGGCACAGCUCAUCCCAUCUGUCCGGUGAUGCUAGGAGACGCUCGCCUGGCUUCACUUAUGGCUGAUGAUAUGCUAAAACUGGGAGUGUAUGUGAUCGGUUUCUCCUACCCAGUCGUUCCCAAAGGAAAAGCCCGCAUUCGAGUCCAGAUCUCUGCAGCUCACACUGAUGAGGACAUUGAUCGUACUGUAGAUGCCUUCAUACAGACCGGCAGGAAGCAUGGUGUCAUUUCCUAAUGUCCGAAACACAACUGACAAAGUUGUGGACUGUUAGAGUGAGGUUUAAGAUACAUAUCAUAGCAAAAAUGCUUCUGAGAUCAGUGAAGGUCAAAGGAUAUUUGUAUAUUUUAUAAAUGACUUUCUUUAAGAUUAAUAGUUGCUUCUUUUAGGGCAGUCUUCUACACCAGCUAUAUACCAAAUGUGUCUUGACAUUUUUCAGUUAAGACUUGUCUCAUCAGCAUUAUUUGCAAGUUUAUACAGAUCAUGCUGAUGCUGCAGCUGUCCAUAGAUGGGUCAAAAUAAAAAGGUUAUGCCA